AUAUUAGGUAAUUGGAUUGAUACACUAAACCAAGUGAGAAAAUAUGAGCACAAGUGUGCUUCCCUCUCUCCUGUUCUUCCUAGUCCUUAUCCUCUUGCUACUUGACCCUUCUGAACCCGAAAACGUAGCCAUUUACUGGGGUCAAAACGCCGACGAGGGAACUCUUAAUGAAACAUGUGCAACAGGGACAUACUCGCAUGUAAUCAUAGCCUUCCUUUCCACCUUUGGGAAUGGCCAGACCCCUCAACUCAGCCUGGCUGAUCAUUGUGACCCCUCUACUAAUGGGUGCACUAAGAUUGGGAGAGAGAUUAAGAAUUGUCAAGAGCAAGGGAUCACGGUGAUGCUCUCUAUUGGAGGAGGAUCUGGUAAUUACUCUAUAACUUCCGAUGAGGAUGCCAACAAUGUGUCCAAUUAUUUGUGGGAUAAUUUCUUCGGUGGCUUCUCCUCAUCACGCCCAUUUGGUGAUGCAGUUUUAGAUGGCCUUGACUUUGACAUCGCGCUGGGUGAUAAUACAUCUUUCAUGGCAAAUCUUGCACAAUAUCUCAAAUCAAAUUCAGAUUCACAGACGAUACAACAAAAACAACUACCUGCAUCUUUGUACUUGUCAGCAGCACCUCAGUGUCCGUUUCCUGAUGCUAGGCUGGGUUCGGCCAUUGGUACCGGCAUUUUUGACUAUGUCUGGGUACAAUUCUAUAACAACCCUUCGUGCAGUUAUAGCCAAAACAAUUUAGAUAACUUUCUAAAAUCAUGGAGAGAGUGGGCCACAUCAUUGAAAGUAGGUAAACUGUUUCUGGGGUUACCAGCAGAUGAAGCUGCAGCUCCGGCCGGAGGUUAUGUUCCGGCUGAUGUAUUAAUGUCUAAGAUCUUACCUGAAAUAAACAAGUCAACAAAUUAUGGAGGUCUCAUGUUGUGGUCAAGGUACUACGAUAAAAUUAGUGGAUACAGUACCCGCAUUCAAAAUCCUCUAAGAAAUGGGACAGCAAACCCUCUAUGCACACGGAAAAGUCAAGCAUGUAGGAGCCAUGAGGGCGGUUUCGCGGAGCUUCUUGGUUACAUGUCCACGCUCGGUAUCAAAGUUUAUGAAGACGACAACAAUGGAACACAGUGCUGUGAGAUCAUAUGUAGGAACAACUGUUCCUGCGACGCGUUUGCUCCCUUAAAUCACAUUAACAAUACUAGUACUGGAUGUCAGAUAUGGCUCAAAGGAACCAAAUUUGUUAGAGCUUCUGGAAAUAUAGCUCUGCCAAUCAACGUUUCUGUUGCAUUGCUGGAACACAAAGUAAACAGCUGGUGGAUUUGGCUCAUCGUUGGGGUGGGAGCAGCUUUUGUAAUACCUGUGAUAUUCUAUUUAUCGCGUGCCUUCCUGAGAAAAUACAAAGCAAAAGUGGAGAGAAAAAAGAUGCAGAAGAAGUUAUUACAUGACAUUGGAGGUAAUGCAAUGCUUGCAAUGGUGUACGGCAAAACCAUAAAAAGUAAUAACAAGGGAAAGACUAACAAUGAAGUUGAACUAUUUGCUUUUGAUACCAUCGUUGUUGCCACAAACAAUUUCUCAGCUGCAAAUAAGUUAGGAGAGGGUGGUUUUGGUCCUGUUUAUAAGGGAAAUCUAAGUGAUCAGCAAGAAGUAGCAAUAAAGCGACUUUCUAAAAGUUCGGGACAGGGGCUAAUAGAGUUUACGAAUGAAGCCAAACUCAUGGCCAAACUCCAGCACACUAAUCUGGUAAAGCUUUUAGGGUUCUGCAUCCAGAGAGAUGAAAGAAUAUUGGUCUAUGAGUACAUGUCUAACAAGAGCUUAGACUUCUACCUAUUUGAUUCGGCUAGAAAGGAUUUGCUAGACUGGGAAAAACGGUUGAACAUCAUUGGAGGAAUUGCUCAAGGACUUCUAUACCUUCAUAAGUAUUCAAGACUAAAGGUGAUACAUCGGGACCUAAAGGCAAGCAAUAUAUUGCUUGAUCACGAGAUGAAUGCUAAAAUAUCUGACUUUGGCAUGGCUCGAAUAUUUGGAGUAAGAGUAUCAGAAGAAAACACAAAUAGAGUUGUUGGUACAUAUGGAUAUAUGGCUCCAGAGUAUGCAAUGAAAGGUGUUGUGUCCAUCAAAACAGAUGUGUUCAGCUUUGGUGUGUUGCUACUAGAGAUACUUAGUAGCAAAAAGAAUAAUAGUCGCUAUCAUUCGGAUCACCCACUCAACCUCAUAGGAUACGCGUGGCAGCUCUGGAAUGCAGGCAGAGCUCUGGAGCUUAUAGACUCAACGUUAAAUGGAUUGUGUUCUCAGAAUGAAGUUUUCAGAUGUAUUCAUAUUGGCCUCUUGUGUGUACAAGAUCAAGCAACGGAUAGACCUACAAUGGUAGAUAUUGUUUCAUUUCUAUCAAAUGAUACAAUCCAACUUCCCCAACCAAUGCAGCCAGCAUACUUCAUCAAUGAGGUUGUGGAAGAGUCAGAGCUUCCUUACAACCAGCAAGAAUUUCAUUCCGAAAAUGACGUAACAAUUUCUAGUACGCGUGCAAGAUAAUUGGACAAUUGUGUACACCAAAUUUCACUUUUUAAUACUGCAUCACUCUGGCGGUGGGAGUUCUUGGUAUUAUUGUUUGUGCCAAUUUUACUUCUUUUAGAUAACUGACCAUUUUAGUUAGUAAUAAUAAAUAUAUCUGGAACGUUUUAUUUUCAAAA